GCCGGAUCAAGUCGUCGCCGAGGAGCCGCCGGCGCCGGGGAAGCUGCUACUGGUGGCCACAGUCCUGGACCUUAGGAGCCACGGCUGCUCUCUGUGGGGGCUGACACCGUGCCUGCCCCUCUCCUGCCCUCCCCAGGCCCCCGCCCCCUAGCCCCAGCCGGGCCCUGCCUGCCGCCAGACCCUGGCAUGUCAAGACCUGGCCCGUGCCUGCCUGCCCAGCCCGUGGAUCCCCGGCGGCCCCGUGAGCUAGGAUGAGGGGCCAGGCCGCCGCCCCGGGCCCACGCUGGAUCCUCACUCCGCUGCUGUCGCUGCUGCUGCUGGGGCACUGGGUGCGCGUGGCCGCCGGGGCGGACGUGGGGCCCGGGGCUGAGACCUGUGCCACGCUGGUGCAGGGCAAGUUCUUCGGCUACUUCUCCGCGGCUGCCGUGUUCCCGGCCAACGCCUCGCGCUGCUCCUGGACCCUGCGGAACCCAGACCCUCGUCGUUACACGCUCUACAUGAAAGUGGCCAAGGCAGCUGCGCCCUGCACGGGCCCCGGCCGCGUCCGCACCUACCAGUUCGACUCUUUCCUCGAGUCCACACGCACCUACCUGGGCGUAGAGAGCUUCGACGAGGUGCUGCGGCUCUGUGACCCCUCGGCGCCCCUAGCCUUCCUGCAGGCCAGCAAGCAGUUCCUGCAGAUGCAGCAUCAGCAGCCGCCCCAGGACAACCAGCUGGGGGUCCUGAGCGGGCCCCGCGGGCCCGGAGACGACUUCUCGGUGGAGUACCUGGUGGUGGGCAACCGGAACCCCAGCCGGGCCGCCUGCCAGAUGCUGUGCCGCUGGCUGGACGCCUGUCUGGCCGGCAGCCGCAGCUCGCACCCCUGCGGCAUCAUGCAGACCCCCUGCGCCUGCCUGGGGGGUGACGCUGGAGACCCUGCCGCCAGCCCCCUGGUCCCCCGUGGGGACGUCUGUUUGAGGGAUGGUGUGGCUGGGGGCCCCGAAAACUGCCUUACCAGCCUGACGCAGGACCGUGACGGGCACAGCGCGGCAGGUGGCUGGAAGCUGUGGUCGCUGUGGGGCGAGUGCACGCGGGACUGCGGGGGAGGCCUGCAGACGCGCACGCGCACCUGCCUGCCUGCGGCGGGCGUGGAGGGCGGCGGCUGCGAGGGGGUGCUGGAGGAAGGGCGCCUGUGCAACCGCAAGGCCUGCGGCCCCGCGGGGCGCACGAGCUCCCGGAGCCAGUCCCUGCGGUCCACGGACGCCCGGCGGCGCGACGAGCUGGGAGACGAGCUGCAGCAGUUCGGAUUCCCCUCCCCGCAGACCGGUGACCCGGCGGCCGAGGAGUGGUCCCCGUGGAGCGUGUGCUCCAGCACCUGCGGCGAGGGCUGGCAGACCCGCACGCGCUUCUGCGUGUCGUCCUCCUACAGCACGCAGUGCAGCGGGCCCUUGCGGGAGCAGCGGCUGUGCAACAACUCCGCAGUGUGUCCAGUGCAUGGUGCCUGGGACGAGUGGUCACCCUGGAGUCUCUGCUCCAGCACCUGUGGCCGCGGCUUCCGGGACCGAACGCGCACCUGCAGGCCCCCACAGUUUGGAGGCAACCCCUGUGAGGGGCCUGAGAAACAAACCAAGUUCUGCAACAUUGCUCUGUGCCCUGUGGAUGGAAACUGGAACGAAUGGUCGAGCUGGAGCGCCUGCUCCGCCAGCUGCUCCCAGGGCCGGCAGCAGCGCACCCGGGAGUGCAAUGGCCCCUCCUACGGGGGCGCCGAGUGCCAGGGCCACUGGGUGGAGACUCGAGACUGCUUCCUGCAGCAGUGUCCAGUCGAUGGCAAGUGGCAGGCCUGGGCAUCGUGGGGAGGCUGCAGCGUCACGUGUGGGGGUGGCAGCCAGCGACGAGAACGUCUCUGCUCUGGGCCCUUCUUCGGUGGAGCAGCCUGCCAGGGCCCUCAGGAUGAGUACCGGCAGUGUGGCACUCACCGCUGUCCUGAGCCCCAUGAGAUCUGUGAUGAGGACGGUUUUGGAGCAGUGGUCUGGAAGGAGACUCCAGCUGGAGAGGUGGCUACAGCCCGGUGUCCUCGCAACGCUACAGGCCUCAUCCUGCGCCGCUGUGAGCUGGACGAGGAGGGCAUCGCCUACUGGGAGCCGCCCACCUACAUCCGCUGUGUCUCCAUCGACUACCGCAACAUCCAGAUGAUGACCCGUGAGCACCUGGCCAAGGCUCAGCGCGGGCUGCCAGGGGAGGGGGUGUCGGAGGUCAUCCAGACGCUGGUGGAGAUCUCCCAGGAUGGGACCAGCUACAGUGGGGAUCUGCUGUCCACCAUUGACGUCCUGAGGAACAUGACUGAGAUCUUCCGGAGGGCCUACUACAGCCCCACCCCCGGGGACGUGCAGAACUUUGUGCAGAUCCUUAGCAACCUGCUGGCGGAGGAAAACCGGGACAAGUGGGAGGAGGCACAGUUGAUGGGCCCCAACGCCAAGGAGCUCUUCCGGCUGGUGGAAGACUUUGUGGACGUCAUUGGCUUCCGCAUGAAGGACUUGAGGGACGCAUACCAGGUGACAGACAACCUGGUGCUUAGCAUCCACAAGCUGCCAGCCAGCGGGGCCACUGACAUCAGCUUCCCCAUGAAGGGCUGGCGGGCCACAGGCGACUGGGCCAAGGUACCAGAGGACAGAGUCACUGUGUCCAAGAGUGUCUUCUCCACAGGGCUGGCAGAGGCGGAUGACUCGUCUGUGUUCGUGGUUGGCACUGUGCUCUACCGGAACCUGGGCAGCUUUCUGGCCCUGCAGAGGAACACGACUGUCCUCAACUCCAAGGUCAUCUCGGUGACGGUGAAGCCUCCUCCUCGUUCCCUGCUCACGCCCUUGGAAAUCGAGUUUGCCCACAUGUACAACGGCACCACCAACCAGACCUGUAUCCUGUGGGACGAGACAGACAUACCCUCCUCCCCCGCGCCCCCGCCGCCGCUCGGGCCCUGGUCGUGGCGCGGCUGCCGCACGGUGCCCCUCGACGCCCUCCGGACGCGCUGCCUCUGUGACCGGCUCUCCACCUUCGCCAUCUUAGCCCAGCUCAGCGCCGACGCGACCAUGGAGAAGGCCGCCGUGCCGUCGGUGACGCUGAUCGUGGGCUGCGGCGUGUCCUCGCUCACCCUGCUCAUGCUGGUCAUCAUCUACGUGUCCGUGUGGAGGUACAUCCGCUCCGAGCGCUCUGUCAUCCUCAUCAACUUCUGCUUGUCCAUCAUCUCCUCCAACGCCCUCAUCCUCAUUGGGCAGACCCAGACCCGCAACAAGGUGGUGUGCACGCUGGUGGCGGCCUUCCUGCACUUCUUCUUCCUGUCCUCCUUCUGCUGGGUGCUCACCGAGGCCUGGCAGUCCUACAUGGCUGUCACCGGCCGCCUCCGGAGCCGGCUCGUCCGCAAGCGCUUCCUCUGCCUGGGCUGGGGGCUCCCUGCGCUGGUGGUGGCCAUCUCCGUGGGAUUCACCAAGGCCAAAGGCUACAGCACCAUGAACUACUGCUGGCUCUCGCUGGAGGGGGGACUGCUCUAUGCCUUCGUGGGACCUGCUGCCGCCGUCGUGCUGGUGAACAUGGUCAUCGGGAUCCUGGUCUUCAACAAACUCGUGUCCAAAGAUGGCAUCACGGACAAGAAGCUGAAGGAGCGGGCAGGGGCCUCCCUGUGGAGCUCCUGCGUGGUACUGCCGCUGCUGGCGCUGACCUGGAUGUCUGCUGUGCUGGCGGUCACCGACCGCCGCUCCGCCCUCUUCCAGAUCCUCUUCGCCGUCUUCGACUCUCUGGAGGGCUUCGUCAUUGUGAUGGUGCACUGCAUCUUGCGGAGAGAGGUCCAGGACGCUGUGAAGUGCCGCGUGGUGGACCGCCAGGAGGAAGGCAACGGGGACUCAGGUGGCUCCUUCCAGAACGGCCAUGCCCAGCUCAUGACUGACUUUGAGAAGGACGUGGAUCUGGCCUGUAGAUCAGGUGAGCGCCUGACAGUGCUGAACAAGGACAUCGCCGCCUGCCGCACGGCCACCAUCACGGGCACGCUCAAGCGGCCGUCGCUGCCCGAGGAGGAGAAGCUGAAGCUGGCCAAGGGGCCGCCCCCCACCUUCAACAGCCUGCCGGCCAACGUGUCCAAGCUGCACCUGCACGGCUCUCCCCGCUACCCCGGCGGGCCGCUGCCCGACUUCCCCAACCACUCGCUGACCCUCAAGAAAGACAAGGCACCCAAGUCCUCCUUCAUCGGUGACGGGGACAUCUUCAAGAAGCUGGACUCAGAGCUGAGCCGGGCCCAGGAGAAGGCUCUGGACACGAGCUACGUGAUCCUGCCCACGGCCACAGCCACGCUGCGGCCCAAGCCCAAGGAGGAGCCCAAGUAUAGCAUCAACAUCGACCAGAUGCCCCAGACACGGCUCAUCCACCUGAGCAUGGCGCCCGACGCCAGCUUCCCCACCCGCAGCCCGCCCUCGCGGGAGCCGCCGGGCAACGGGCCCCCCGAAGUGCCCCCCGUCCAGCCCCCGCCGCCCCCACCCCCGCCGCCCCCGCCGCCCCAGCAGCCCCUGCCCCCACCUCCCACCCUGGAGCCAGCACCUUCCAGCCUGGGGGACACAGGAGAGCCGGCCGUCCACCCAGGACCCAGCUCUGUGGCUGGGACCAAGAAUGAGAACGUUGCCACAUUGUCCGUGAGCUCCCUGGAGAGGCGCAAGUCGCGGUAUGCAGAGCUGGACUUUGAGAAAAUCAUGCACACACGCAAAAGGCACCAGGACCUGUUCCAGGACCUGAAUCGCAAGCUGCAGCACGCGGCCGAGAAGGACAAGGAGGCCCUGGGCCAGGAGGGCAAGCCAGACAAGCAGCAGACACCCAACAAGCGGGCCUGGGAGAGCCUCCGGAAGCCGCACAGCACGCCGGCCUGGGUGAAGAAGGAGCUGGAGCCCCUGCCCCCAUCGCCGCUGGAGCUGCGCAGCGUGGAGUGGGAGAAGGCCGGCGCCACCAUCCCACUGGUGGGCCAGGACAUCAUCGACCUCCAGACCGAGGUCUGAGCGGGCAGGCGCGGCCCCGCGCCGGGCCCGGAGGGAUGCUGCUCUGCCCGCACCAGCCACAGACGGGCGAGACCCACUCACCGUGGCAGCCAGGCCCGGGCCCGGAGUCCGGCAGGCGAAGGGCCGGCCGUGCUGGGACCAGCGCCAGAAGCAGGACAGGAGGCGGCCCGGCCCGGCCGGCACAGGGUUCCAGAGGCAGGAAGGUGCCUCAGACUCUGCCCUCCUUGGGCGAGCCCCAGCGGACGGCGGGCGGGCGGCGGUGGACACGGGCAGGCCUGGUGUGGCCAGCCCUCCUAGGAUGCCUGCCUCGGGCACCGCUGCAGGGGACUGCCUGUGGCCUGCCAGCCUGGCUCCGUUUUUUAGAUACCCCUCACCCCUUGGGAAGCAGCCAGACCCCCCCUCCCUUCCAGGGCCCUGGGCCCCUGCCAGGCCUCGGGGGGAGACCCCAGCCCCGGCCCAGGCCCCAGGGGCAGGACGAAGCCUGCUCCGGGAAGAAGCGGGGUGGGGAAUCUAUUUUUUCUCUCCUUUUCUUUUCUUCAAUAAAAAGAACUAAAAACCCA